AAAAGCGGUGACGUGGCCUAUGGAGGCCCGUUUGGGUCGGAACCCAGGCUCGGCCACACCCACAUUGAAUCGGUGUGGAGUGCGGCCGUGUGCGGCCGGAAGCGGAAGUGGAGAAAAGAUGCAGGACCAUCAGCACGUGCCCAUCGACAUCCAGACCAGCAAGCUGCUCGACUGGCUGGUAGACAGAAGGCACUGCAGCCUAAAAUGGCAGAGUCUGGUGCUAUCGAUCCGGGAGAAGAUCAAUGCUGCCAUCCAGGACAUGCCAGAGAAUGAAGAGAUUGCCCAGCUGCUCUCUGGAUCUUACAUUCACUACUUCCAUUGCUUAAGAAUCGUGGACCUUCUCAAAGGCACUGAGGCCUCCACAAAAAAUAUUUUUGGUCGGUACUCUUCACAGCGGAUGAAGGAUUGGCAGGAGAUCGUAACCCUGUAUGAGAAGGACAACACCUAUUUAGUGGAACUCUCUAGUCUCCUGGUCCGGAAUGUCAGUUACGAGAUCCCUUCCCUGAAGAAGCAGAUCGCCAAGUGUCAGCAGCUGCAGCAAGAAUAUAGUCGUAAGGAGGAGGAGGGCCAGGCCGCGUCAGCCGAGAUGCUGGAGCAGUUCUAUCAUUCAUGCAAGCAGUAUGGCAUCACGGGAGACAACGUCCGAAGAGAACUGCUGGCCCUGGUGAAGGACCUGCCGAGUCAGCUGGCUGAGAUCGGGGCGGGGGCACAGUCACUGGGGGAAGCCAUCGACCUGUACCAGGCCUGCGUGGAGUUCGUGUGUGGCAGCUCCACAGAGCAGGUGUUGCCCAUGCUGCGGUACGUGCAGAAGCGGGGGAACUCGACAGUGUGUGAGUGGAGGACAGGGACAGAACCCUCCGUGGUGGAGCGGCCGCAACUUGAGGAGCCACCUGAGCAGGUGGAUGAAGACGAGAUUGACUGGGGUGACUUUGGGGUGGAAGCAGUUUCUGACUCCGGCAUCUCUGCUGAAACCACUGGAAUCGACUGGGGCAUCUCCCUGGAACCAGAGUCAAAGGACUCUGGGAGUGAUGGGAUCGACUGGGGAGACGACGCUGCUGCUCUUCAGAUCACAGUGCUGGAGGCAGGAACCCAGGCUCCAGAAGGUGUUGCUAGGGGCCCGGAUGCACUGACCCUUCUUGAAUACCCUGAGACCCGGAAUCAGUUCAUUGAUGAGCUCAUGGAGCUUGAGAUCUUCUUGUCCCAGAGAGCAGUGGAGAUGAGUGAAGAGGCUGACAUCCUGUCUGUGAGCCAGUUCCAGCUGGCUCCUGCCAUCCUUCAGGGCCAGACCAAAGAGAAGAUGGUUAGCUUGGUGUCCACACUGCAGGAUCUGAUUGGUCGGCUCACCAGUCUUCGAAUGCAACACUUAUUUAUGAUUCUGGCCUCACCAAGGUAUGUGGACCGUGUGACCGAGUUCCUCCAGCAAAAGCUGAAACAUUCACAGCUGCUGGCUUUGAAGAAAGAGCUGAUGGUGCAGAAGCAGCAGGAGGCGCUGCAGGAGCAGGCAGCUCUGGAGCCGAAGCUGGACCUGCUGCUGGAGAAGUCCAGGGAGCUGCAGAAGCUGAUUGAAGCUGACAUCUCCAAAAGGUACAACGGGCGUCCUGUGAACCUUAUUGGAACCUCUCUGUGACACUCUUCCUCUGUGGUCUCUCCUGCCCAACUUCCCAGCCUCCAGGUAGAGGUGGGAUAGCCAAGGCUGUGGUUACUGGGCCUUCCCAGCAAGAAACCAGACUGGCUGGCGGACAAAGAGCCGUGGGACGGAAGCCCUCACUCUGCUUUCUGAAAUGUGGCCUGUCAGCCUGCAGCCACAGCUUCUUCUAGUUGUCAGGUUGGGCUUAAUAAAAGAGGAAAGAAAAGA